CCCAAAAUACUCCAUUGCUACCAUCCAUACACGCACCAAAAUCCAGGGAGAAAGGAAGAAGGGAAAGGAGAAGAGAAAAGAGGAGAUUAGGUGGGAAAACUUGUGGUUAAUAAGGUACUUCAAGGACUUUCACGGAGUUGAAGGGGUCGCCGGAGUUGUCGCCGGAGUUUGUUGAAGUUCACCGGAGUUUCACCGGGGCUAAAUCGGAAAGGCUAGAACUUCAUAAGCUUCAAUAAGGCGAUUUUAUGGACCCGAAGGCAUUCUCCAAGCUGUCCCGGCAACUGGCCAAGGACAAGAAGAAGAAGGAGGAGAGGCCCCCGGUACAGCCGCAGGGAGAUGUCCUCUCCAAGAAGCAGGAGACCCCUGAGGGUCACGGGCCCCCGAAGGGGGUUGUAAUCGCUGGCGCCGGUUCUGAUGCCGGAGGCUCCAAGGAGGGGGGGCUCAAGCGAAAAAACGCCGGGAAGGGCGUCAGGCCUCCGGAAGGAAAAAAACUGAAGGGGGACGUUGAGCCGAAGGAUACCCCCGUGGUGAUCAUUGAUGACCCCCCAGCCGGCCAAUCGUCUGCCACUGCUCCCCCGGAGGAUCUUGUCGAGGGUGCCUGGCCCCUUGAAACAGUACACUUCCCCAUCAAGAAGGGGACAGCCAUCAUGCAUGGCACCCUCGACCCGAGGGAAUUCUUGAGGGGUGCCACCCCUUCGGUGGAUAGGUCCACCCUUAGCCGGUUCGGGGACGAAGCCCUCGAGCUCAAGGCCCUCCAGGCCUCGGCCACUGCUAGCUUGGCCUUCGGGGAACUUGUCCGCAGGGCGGAACAGCACCGCCUCGAGAAGGCGAAGUCUGACGAGGUGACGAGGAAGCUCAUUGCCAAUAACACUGAGGCCAUCAGACAGCUCGCUAUGUUGGAGGAGGCCCUUCGGCAGGCCGAGCAGAAGCUGGAGGGGGCCAAGAGUGAGGCGAGGGCCGAGGGCAUCGCCCAGGGGAAGGCUGAGGCAGAGAGGGCUGCUGCUGAGGCCGCCAUAGCAGCCGCCGAGGAAGCCGAAAGGGCCAAGGCCGAAGCCGUUGCUAAAGCUGCCGAGGAUGCCGUUGCCUCUUAUGUUGCCGAGGGGUGGAGGUCUGAAGAGCAAAAACCGUGGCUGGCUUCGGUCGUGGAGACUUCGGUGGAUGAUUGGGUCAAAGGCCCCGGGGCCAUGUGGCUUGCUCUGAAGGGGAAGAGUUUCUAUGAGGGGGGCCAGUACUUCACGCAAGCCAUGCUCUACCGGAAGCUGGCUCGGCAUUUUGGGGUGGACCCCAAGGACUUUGAUCCCACGCCUUACGGCCUUCCCCCCCUGCUCCAAGACGUCAGGAUUCCCCUUCCAGAAGGCGAAGAGAGGCAGCUUCUGGAGGACUCGGAGCUGGAUAGGCUGGCCUCGGAUGAUGAAGGAGAAGCUGAGGAUGACGCCUCCUCCAAACCGAAGGGAGAUACAACAAAAGAUGUUGCAGCUUGAAGUUUUACCAAGUGUAAUGUUGUAAUAGUCUGUAGUCCCCGGCCUCGGCCAUACUUUGUGAUGAAACAUGAUUGUAUUUUAAAUAUUUUUCUUGGAUGAAUGAAUGAUCGCCUUCGGGCUCUUGUUGAUUGAAUGCCUCCGUCUUUGCAA